AUGAUCGACGAUAACUCUGAAGAGGAAGGCCGGCGCUACUGCCAGCUUCGCUCAGGAGACGCAAGGGCAGACCCACUGCCCCAUUUCCAAUAUCAAGCUCUCCAACCUCGCUGCAUCCGCAUACUCAAACUCCUGCCUGGCCAAAGAUCGGAUCCCUUUCAGGGGCGCUUCACCGAGGUCAACAUUGACAGUGGCUCCAAAUUCGACGCGCUUUCGUACAUGUGGGGUGAUGCUACGCAGGCCGAUCGAAUAGUCGUGGCUUUCAUACCGAUAGCAUGGAAUCUGGCCCGGGCGUUAGAAUAUAUGCGUGACUCCCGAGGAUCUAGGCCACUAAGUAUAUGGAUCGACGCCAUAUGUAUCGAUCAGAAUAACCUUGAUGAACGAGCUGAGCAAGUCGCUAUAAUGCGAGCUAUCUACCGCAACGCCACAUGUGUGCGCAUCUGGAUCAAUGAACCAUCUCUUGACGAGAAGAGUGCGGCUGUAGCAGCUCUGAAAUGCUUCAGGCCCAGUGCCAAGGCGGAAAACGAUGGCUUGGGCAAACAUUUUGGGUUUUGGGGACCUUUGAUCCCAAUGUUCCAGAAUGACUAUUGGAGCCGUAUAUGGAUGAUCGUCCAGUCAGUUGGUCAACUUAAUCACUCCCGUAACGAUGGCCUACUAGAGUUGAAAGGAAAUAUUUUCGGCCCGAGUGCUAUCGAGAUGUUUGCUGUUCAUGGCGAUCAGAGACUGAAACAUGAUCUUAUCGCUCUUCUUACUAGGUCUGGUGGUAUGCAAGUGUCCAAAGGUCAUGAUCGCCUGUAUGCCCUUAUGCACCUGGCUGGAGACUACGAAGAAGGCGGCAUAACAGUCGACUACGAGAAGAAUGAACAACAGGUCAUGGCAGACGCGGCGGCUUACCACAUUAAUCUGCAUCAAAACCUCAACUUCUUGACCGAAAGCUUCCGAGACGGCGCUGAAGCGGCAGGAAUUUCCAGACCACAUGAGACUACUUGUCUGACGUGGAUCCCAGAGGGUUGGAUGGGACGUGACACUGAAGGAAUAGGGUUUGAUUUAGAAGAUGUUGAUGAUUCAGAAGCAGUUCAUAAUCGCGGAAUAAGACACACCGAAUGUCCUGCAAACGCUGUCGAUAUCAAGAAUCUGCGAUUGAGCAUCCGAGGCGUGAGACUGGGCUGGGUACGGCAAUGCUUUGUCUCCAGUACAAAUGUGUUCACCACAGUGUCUGAGCUCUGGGCAUCUUCGCUCGGCGAAUAUUUACAGCUAUACCUGGAGCGCGCCAGCACUAGUUCGUCACUCGAAUUCUCUCGUGCUAUCAACGACGAAAUAGAUGGCCGAAAGCACGAUCAUGAGUGUAUUCGAACUGGACUAUCGUAUUCUCUAGAACUUAGUAAAGCCCCAGAACAGGCGAGCCGUAGCUUUGGCUAUGGGGGAGAGGACAUAUUAGACCUUUUGGCUCCUCUCGAGAAGAGUAACCCACGCGCCUGGUUCGCGCUUCGGGAUGUUUUACGAGCAUUACGCGGGCGAUAUUGCAUUAAAACCAACGACGAAUACUUCGGCCGAGUACCGGAAUGCAACAUAAGAGAAAAGGAUGAGAUUUGGUUAGUGCUUGGGUGUCCUCAGCUAGUUGUUCUGCGAAGACAACCUAGUGGGAGAUACUGGCAUAUCUGCCCGGUCAGAGUACCUGCGCUAGACGAGCACGAAGAUGUCGCCCGAGUCUCAAGCAAGAUCCAGCCUGGAGAUAAAAUUGACGAAUGGACGGUUGAAGAUAUCGAGUUGGAAUGA